UGGCUAGCAUCGUAGAAAAUGACGAGGUGUUUAUAAAAACAGGACAUAGUCAUAGCAGAGACCUAUAUACUAAAUUAAUAUAGGUCUCUGGUCAUAGUCAUUACGUUCUUUGAAGGUAUUGUUCCAGAUAUAUAAUUACCCGGUUAGAUAUGCGUCUGUUAAGUGUGAUUGUGGUAUGUCUUCUCACAAAUAGUGUAGAGGGGUUUCUUGGCAUUGGAAGGUUUUUCGGUUCAGCACGAAGAUCAGCGGAAAAAGUCGCCAACGUCAUUGAACAAGAAUUAAGCGAAUAUCGCCGCAUUCUACAGCAAGAUGUAGUUCCAGAAGCCCGGGAAACCCUCGAAGUUGUGAGAACGUCUGUUACAGAAAUCGUCAAAAUUGCUGGCAGUCUCGAGAAAAGAAUCGAAGAGACACUGCAAAAUGUUGAUUUGAUUGAGAGAACUAGAUAUAGAAUGGACAAUUUGGCUGACGUUAUCAUCAUAGCAAGCAUGGUUUUCUUGUAUGUUGUGAUUGGCUUAAUUUGUGACAACAUACAUUCUAUAAUAUUGUAUGUCUCAUUCCAAUUCAUUCGCGUAGUCUGUGUUAUAAUAGCGAUUAUGUUGUCAUUACGUCUGAUGCAUGAAUUGGUUCUUCGUGAACAUAUGAGCACUGCUUCUGCUACAUACUGCACAGUCGGCGCUGUCCUGUUGGUAUUCGUAUGUGUUGGUUUACAUCUUGUUUACCAAGUUUUACCACCACUUGGAUUUGCCGUGAGAUUCAUUUUGCUGGGACUGAGUUUCAUGAUAUACUGCACUAUUGAUGGACCUUGCAGAUGGACAUAUGGCGCCUACCAAUAUGGAUGCGAAUCGAAAUCAAAAACAGGGUUAGUCUUAUCCAUCUCUUUGCCAUGGCUGACGCCGUUGGCCUGGAUGGGUGUAUUCCAUUUGUUAGCCGGUGAUGUUGGCGAUGAAUGUUCUGAACAAACCGCUUUCUUACAUGGGCUUCUGGUAGCAUACGUAGUAUUUCAAGCAUGUGCUAACUAUCUCCGGAUAUUCCAUCUCAGACCUGAACCACAGCUGCACGCAAGGAACAUUUAUAAUCAGAACAAUUUCAAAGGACAAAAAAAAUCUCCAGUUCCUGCAGAUGUAAAAUAUAGCCGAUAGUAUAUGUUUGUUUUGUUACGGGACAAUACUUUAUGUUAUGGAGUUAUAACAAUUUUAAAAAGUGUACGCCUUAAACCGCUUAUCUGUUGAUUUAGGCUUGAAAUGUUUGUUUUUGUUUUUGUUUUUUGUUAUUUUUUAUGGCUCCGUGAUAUAAAAUACAUUGUAUAUCAAAGACUAUCCUUAAAUAUCUUCAAAGAAAAGAAAAUAAACAGGGGAAAAAAAAAACAACACUAAUACUCUAUUUUGAAAUCUACUAAUCAAUAUAUAUCGACAUUUCCCUGUCUGCGAUAAUGUAUGCUAUUUUGAGUUUGAUGUCCAGGGAGGUUUUUACACGCCCAGGAAGUCGUUGAUUUAUAUUUUUUGAUUAUUUUUUCUGUAACAUACAGAUUAUAUAUUUAUCUAACACCAUGCAAAAUUUCACUUCGAUCGGACUAGUGUAUAUUAUUGUAUUUUGUUACUGAAUCCAGCCUUCGGUGAUCACUUCAUUGUCCAGGCCAUUUGAUAUCUACCUGUGAUUUAGAUUUUAAUUUGAGAACUUGUUUUAAUUGUGCCAUUGAUGUGGAAGACGAGCUUCAUGUUUUAAUUCACUGUCCAUUGUACAAUGAAAUAAGAGAUGCACUGUUUUUAAGAGAUAGUAAUUUUAAUAAUUUUUGUGAUACGGAUAAAUUCAACUUCAUACUCCACAACAGUGAUAUGUGUUUUUACAGUGCCAAAGCCUGCAAACAAAUUUUAGAUAAAAGGAAAAAUGUGUUUUAUAGGAUUUAAUCGUUUACUGUAUUUUUUAUCUUAAUCAUGUUUUUAUAGUCUCUCAUAACUCUAUAUAGAGUGGCCUCUAUGUAUUUUUUUUUAUUUUCUUUUUUUAAUUUUGUAAAUGUAUGUUGAUAUUCUUGUUUAUAUGUAAAUAUUUUAUUGAGGGUGAGACUUUAAUAAACUAUUUGAAUUGAA